CCCACCCCCCCGCCGGCUGUCCCGGCCACUCCGUCCCGCCCGGGGGACCGCGGCUCGCCUGCUAUGCGCGGCAGCCCGCGCCGGGGGCUGGCACCUGCAGCGCCCGGGCGGAUGCGGCGAGCCCACGGAGGGGCAUGCUUCCACGCACCAAGUACAACCGCUUCAGGAAUGACUCGGUGACAUCGGUCGAUGACCUUCUGCACAACCUGUCGGUGAGCGGCGGCGGCAAGGUCUCGGCGGCGCGCGCGGCCCCGGCGGCGGCCCCCUACCUGGUGUCCGGAGACGCGCUGCGCAGGGCGCCCGACGAUGGGCCGGGCAGCCUGGGCCACCUGCUCCACAAGGUGUCCCACCUGAAACUCUCCAGCUCGGGCCUCCGCGGCCUGUCGGCGGCCAGGGAGCGGGCGGGCGCGCGGCUCUCGGGCAGCUGCAGCGCGCCCAGCCUGGCCGCCCCGGACGGCAGCGCGCCCCCCGGGCCCCGCGCCCCGGCCAUGCGCGCCGCCCGCCAGGGCCGCCCCGGCGACGAGCCGCCGCCCUGCGCCCCGCACGCCAGCGACCAGGUGCUGGGGGCCGGAGUCACCUACGUCGUCAAGUACUUGGGGUGCAUCGAAGUUCUGCGCUCCAUGAGGUCGCUGGACUUCAGCACCAGGACGCAGAUUACCAGAGAAGCCAUCAGCCGGGUCUGCGAAGCCGUGCCCGGGGCCAAGGGAGCCUUCAGGAGGAGAAAGCCUCCGAGCAAAAUGCUGUCCAGCAUCCUGGGCAAGAGGAACCUCCAGUUCGCGGGGACGAGCAUCUCCCUGACCAUAUCCACCGCCAGCCUGAGCCUGCGGACGCCGGACUCGAAGCAGAUCAUAGCCAAUCAUCACAUGCAGUCCAUCUCCUUCGCCUCCGGGGGGGACCCGGACACAACAGACUACGUUGCGUACGUCGCUAAGGACCCCGUUAACCGCAGAGCCUGUCACAUUCUGGAGUGCUGUGACGGGCUGGCCCAGGAUGUCAUCGGCUCCAUCGGACAGGCCUUUGAGCUCCGGUUCAAGCAGUAUUUGCAGUGUCCUUCCAAGAUCCCUGCUCUCCACGACCGAAUGCAGAGUCUAGAUGAGCCAUGGACUGAAGAGGAGGGUGACGGCUCAGACCACCCGUACUACAACAGCAUUCCAAGCAAGACGCCUCCUCCAGGGGGGUUUGUGGAUGCUAGACUGAAAGCCAGACCCCACUGCCCUGACGUGGCCCAGUUUGCAGGGAAAGAACAGACUUACUACCAGGGGAGACACUUAGGAGACCCGUUUGGAGAAGACUGGCAGCAAGCACCUGCCAGGCAAGGUGAGCGGCAAGGGGCCUUGGACAUCUACAGCGUGCCAGCCGGGAGAUCGCCCGUGGCCACCGCCGGAGAGGCCCCCGCCUACGUCAACACGCAGCGCGCCCCGCGGCAGGCCCGGCCGGCCGCCGGCAGCAGCGCAGAGAGCAGCCCCAGGAGAGACCUCUUUGAUAUGAAGCCUUUCGAAGACGCUCUCAAGAACCAGCCGUUGGGGCCUGUGCUGAGUAAGGCGGCCUCCGUGGAGUGCAUCAGCCCCGUCUCACCCAGGGCCCCGGACGCCAGGAUGCUGGAAGAGCUGAGAGCGGAGCCUUGGUACCAGGGGGAGAUGAGCAGGAAGGAGGCAGAGCGGCUGCUGAAGACGGAUGGAGACUUCCUGGUCAGGAAGAGCGCCACCAACCCCGGCUCCUUCGUCCUCACUGGCAUGCACAACGGCCAGGCCAAGCACCUGCUGCUCGUGGACCCAGAAGGCACGAUCCGGACAAAGGACAGGAUCUUUGACAGCAUCAGCCACCUCAUCACCCACCACCUGGAGAACAGCCUGCCCAUCGUCUCCGCCGGGAGCGAGCUCUGCCUCCAGCAGCCGGUGGGAAGGAACCCGUGACCCACCAGCUGCCCUGCCCGACACUGCGCCUGGGGUCAAGCGGACUCAGUUCUUCUCGGUAGAUGGGUAAUCGGGCCACAGGAGCUCGAGCAGCUGCCCACUGGCUCUGAGCUUCCUCCAAACGCCCCAGGAGGAAAGCCUCCCUAAAAUGCAAGUUUUAUAAACUUGUUCCGAAUUCUCAUGUGCAUAUGAAGGUGUACAUACCUAUACAGCCUGUACAAAUUGUCCCUCUAUAUUUAUAUUUUUUAAGACCCAGAAAGAUGUAAGACUAAUGUUCUGUGCUGUCUGUUUUUAACGAAAAAAAAAGUUUGACUGUAGUUGUCCGGGCAAAAAUGUUAGUCAACUGACCCAUUCCACAGGGAAAGUCCACUGGGCAGGUGUUACCCACUAAGCACAACACAGAAGCGGCGGGAGGGUCGGUGAUAAGCGCUUGGAAUUAUCGUAGCAUAAGGCGCCUAGCUCUGCAUGGAAAGGGCUGUGAAGUGCUGGUUCUGGCGGCUGUCCCUCCUCCUUGGCGACACCUCCCAGGCUGUGUGCAUCACACCCGCGUGCAAGGCGUUUCCGGGACCAGGGUGUUCGUGCCGCUGCACUGAAGAGCAGGCGUUCGUCACUCCGGCUGUAUCGGGCAGCGCUGAGCACAGGGAUGCUGUCUCCCAUGACCCUGGCUGGUGGUCCAGGGGUUCUUGGGGAUUCACCUUACUGCCAAAUGUGGCAUAAAAUAAGCCUCACUGAUCAAGAUCUUGGCUGGUAAAGGCUUCCUUCGUUUUUACCUGUAUGAUGACAAAACCAGGCUGUGUGGAGGGGCAGCUGGGGGCUUGUACAUCCUUGUAGCUAACAGGCUGCUUCAGGACCUGCUAGUGAAACUGCCCCCCGGCCCCGCUUACAUUCAGUAGAGGACAAAGCACGUGCAGGAGCUGUGCCGGGAAGACAGGUACAGACACGCGCUUAGAGUCAGGCCUGGGAACGUUCCAGCAGCCGUGGCUGAUUCAGCUUGGCCGGAAGCGAGGGGCCAGACGCAGGAGUUUUGGGGAUCAGUUCGAGGUCCCGCUUCUGGAGAGGUUAGUGGGUGGAGUGACUGUUUGUCGCUACAACAGGUUUCCCAGCUGCUCCAAGGAGAGGGUGCGCGCCUGUCCUGGCUCCUCCCUUCCAGAUAAAAUACUCAGAUUUCCUACUGUUUCAUUUGGUGUGAGGACGUUGACAACGUUUAUAACUUAAAAAAAAAAAAAAGUCUGGCUUGAGAUCACCAUGUGCUUUAACAGAUGUCUUUUAAAAGAGAGGACGAUUCAUUCAUUCGUUGGCACCUUCCCGCUGGUGCUACAACGUUGGCGCUUGUCCCGUGAAAUCCCACUGCGUGCGGCUCCCCUUCCUCCCGCAGCACGGAGACACUGCCCGCACACUUAGUGCUGGGCAGCAGUACAUUAGAUGCUUCUAGGAUGAGGAGUUAAGGGUAGAUUUUUAAAACUCUGAUGAGCAAAAAAAAAAAACUUCCUCCAAGUUAGAAUGCUGGGCCUGUGAACCCUGCGUCCACUUUUAGGGUGUGUGUGGCCGGGACGGAGGACAGGGAAGAGCUGUUGAGUGAGGAUGGGUCGGGGCAGGGCCAGGGCCUCGUCUUGGCCUUCUGUGGAGUUCCUCCCCCUUGAGGGUCCCAGGAAUCCAGUCGGCUGUGGCUUCAGUCUUCUAGGAUGUUCUCCAGUGACCAGGCAGGUCUGACACUUACAUAGCCCACGCUGCCCCUUCCUGGCGUGCUCCUGGGGUCAGGUGCACACAGAUAUUCUGCUCCAAGUUAUCCAGAAGCGGUGGGGACUGAACAGGGACGCAGGGCAGCAACUGGGUCGGGCUCCUGCCCUGUGGUGACACAGACUUUGGGACAUGAGAGCUGCCCGGCACGCUGUCUCUCGGAGGCCUGCAGCCCUGCAGCCCUGCAGAUGUACAUAAGCGUCUGACCUCCCUGGGGAUGCAUGAUCCUUCUCUGUGUGCAGCUGUACACACAUACACAAGUGGAUGAAAGGACUUCGUUCAACAGUCUUGUACGCCCCACUGCGUGAGGCCAAGAUGCUCACGUAAAGGGCAAAGCAAAGCAGGAAACAAGAGUUAAGAACCAAGAGCCUUUCAACGUUUGAUCUGCUUUUUUCUCUUGGGGCCGUAAGAAACGGUCAUCUGCAAUUUCACUAGCUCUCUGCUCUGAAGUCGGUGUUGAUCUCAGUGCUGAUAAGCGAUAUAUGUUUUGUUUUGUUUUUUUUUUGCAUGAGAAUCAAUUUAGAAAAUUAAAAGUAUUGGGGGAUCGGAUUUUGUUUCAAUAUUAAUUCAAAAUACAUAUUUUUAAACUCAGAUUACAAGAUUGCGUCCCCUGGAACAGUGCCAGUGGGACAACCUGGCCCUCCUUUGUGGCCUUCGGAGCAGAUGUGAGAUGCAGCAGGUGGCAGAAAUUUCUGAGUCCUGGUUUCCUGCCAUUCGUAAAGCAUGUGACUGCUCACUGGGGCCGUCGCAUCCCCUCCUUCAGGCGCCCUGUGCCGGGCAGCACGCGGCCUCGCCCUCAGGUGGGGAGACUGAGGUGCAGAUGCUGCCCCCGCCCGGCUCAGAGCUGCCCGGUCGCGGGCAGGGCCGCCCGGGGCUGGUCACUGUGCGCCCGGCCGGCCACCCGGCCCCGCGGAGUGCGCUGGGACCUGCGGCCCCUCUCGAGGCCCCCCUGCCGCUUGCCCCAGGCCCCUGUGUCUGCUGGGAGAGCAAGGCGGGCCCAGAGGUCCUGUAAUGGCCCUUUCGGCCAAGUGGCCAUGGAGGUCUGCCUGCCAACGCCCCCCCCCGCACCAUCCUCUGUGGAUGAGCUGUGCUCUCCCGUGACAGCCUCCUCUGCUCAGAGCCCGCGGGGCUUCCCGCGGGGCUGCGCGUCCCUGGUUUCAGUCCGCUUUGCGGCCUGACCACCGAGGGGACCCGAGCAGCUCCCAGUGGAAGCAGGUGGACAGUCAGAGAGACGGAUUCAGGUAACUCCCCAGCUAAGCCCCAGGCUCAAGCAAGCUGCCGCCCCCGGGCCUCUUCUAUCUGAGAGGCCAGGGGACCGGAGCCCGCCUGGCCUUGCUGUUAUUUGCCCAGUGAUUCUGCUUCAUGUGUCUCACGUGUGGGGGUCGACGGAUGAAGGCCCAGCUGGGGGUCUCCUGAUGGAGGGGGGCCGACGAACAGGCCCCGAGAGCGCAGAAAGUGACCAGCCGUGUGCGGGCGGAAUGACGCGGUGGUAGGCGAGACAGGCCUGGGGGAGUGGAUGGAACAGCACUUGUGCGGCCCCCAAAGGGCCCCGACUCCCGGCUGAGUCCAGCCUGCCGUCCUGCAGACGGCCGCUCCCUGCAAUGGCCCUCUCCGUGCAGGUCGAUGUGAUGCCGGGGUGGCUCCUUUGCAUACGUAACACUUUAAAACUAGCGUCCUGGUCCUUAUUCUCUGAGUCAGUCACCUCGCGGAGGCCAGUCACGCGUUUCUUUGGGUCCUUGCUCCCCGGGCAGCAGCCUUGGCUCUGGCACGCGCAGAACCACGUGGCCUCGAGCUGCGUGCUGGGCUCCUCUGAGCCCUGGCUCGCCGCCCGCAUGGCCGGGCUGUGCGGUCCCUGUCAUGAGAGGGUGUGGGGCUGGUGACCGUGUGCAAGCCUGCAGGACAGCUGUCUCCCGGGAUGCUUCACUCUCCAAAGUGUACAUCUGUGCUCUCUUACUGGCUAAGCGCAUAUCCCAAAAUGCCUUUCUGGGGAUGGAGGCAGCCUGGCUGGAACUGGGUAGGAGAGUCUGGAAAGACUGCAGGACACAGACAAAUCCUGGCCGUGGGUUUCAGAAUAAUAUUCUCUGGUUCUGUACUGAGACUUUCCGUUGGUUCUGGGAAAGACAAAUGGAGAAACUCCUUUACUGGCACAUGUUGUAAACCCAGAACUGCCCCUGCUCCCCAGAGGACACUGCAAGGGGGCGUCUGGGCAGCGUACAGCUGAAGGGACCCGUUUUUCAGUGAGGAAAUUAGAGCUGAUUGACUUGCCAGAGGGUGAUGACAGUCAGCGGCUGAAUCAGGACAGAGCGCAGGACUUAUCAGGGUCCUUUAGGGCUUGGAUAGAAAGCUCAGCCCCCGAUGGAAAACGAUACGUGGUGCUUCCCUCCUUGGGUUGCAUUUAUGCUCCGUCUUUUUUCCCAAAAUGCAUAAAGGCGUGAGUCGUUCACACGAACGAGGAAGUGUUUCUAUCCCUUUGUUGAGUUUGGGGUUCCGCAGAAGCAGAUCCUGAGGGAGGCUGUGAGUGGACGCAGGUUCUCAGGGUGAUGACCCCGGGGUGAGGAAGGGAGGGAAGCUGAUAAGGAAGGCGUGACACGCAAGGCAGCAGGCGUGGGUAACUGACUGCACUGGGGGCUGCGGGAGGCAGGGCUGGACACGCUUCGGAGCUAGCCUGCUGGGCGGGGAGCGAGCUGGACACUUCCUCACCCAGGGCAGCACUGGUAGAAGGCUCUUUCCGGCCAGUGUCCUCGCGGGUCCUGUGAACAGCAAGCCCUGAGUCCUUGGGCAGAGAGACAGGCCUUCAUGAGCAGACCUGGGGUGAAAGGCAGGCAUCAGAGCCAUCGGGGUCGUCCCCAGAGCUCCUGACUCAGUGGGUCUGCAUGGGGCUGGAGAACCUGCAUUUCUAACAGAGGGUGGUGGCCGUAGGUGGUCUGGACUUUGAGAGCCACCACCAGGUGUGAACAGCUAGUCCUUACCUGUCUCUCACUGGUGAUUUUCCCCUCUGAUUUAUAGUUACGUUUUCAUGUCACAGAUGCCAGGGUCCAUGCUGCGAGCUUAAAAGUGGAGGAUUACUAAGCAUUUAUAACUCCAUGCACUCAUUGCUGGCAGAUAAAAGUGCCAUCUGCCGGCCACGGUUUAUUUAUAAGGGGUUUAUACACAUUUAUAAGUUUGCAAGCAACAAAUGCAGUUUUAAAACUGGCACGUUUUCUAGCAGCCAGAAAAAUUGCAACUUUAUACCAGGCCUUGUGAGUAUCAAUUGCAUACGUGUAUGUAUGUUACACACACACACACACACACACACCCCUGCUGAUCAUGACGAAUGUGCUUCUCCGUACGUGUGUACGCACACACGCACGCCGACGCCCACACUGAUCACAACGGCUGUGCGUUUCUGUGUGUGUGUGUGCCCGUGCAGGCUGGCUGGGCGACUUGCAGCUCCGGAUUCCUCCCUGGGUUUUGGUACUUUAACAAUGACAACCAGGAAGUUGUACAAAUGGUGAGUUUGGGGACUGAUACGUCCUGGCGUCCACAGGCACAGGGAGGAGGGCCCUGGAUGCGGCAGGAACAGGAUAAGGGGGUCACCGGGGGCCACUGUGGGAAGUGACAAAGGGACAAAAGGGAAGAGAAGACAGUAGUGGAAGACAGGAAAGGAGAGGACGGGACGGCAGGGCAAGCAAGUUGAGACCUACGUCCUGUGUUCACCCAGCAGUGUGCAAAGACAGGCCGGGGCAGGUGUCGCGGGAGGCCGCCCGCCAGGCACGCCUGGGGACCACGCCUUGUCUUCCCGCUGCAGCCCCGGACGCGGCACUGCUGGGCGCUUUCCUAACCCGCCUUCUCUUGGCCUCAUUCCACGUGCGUUCACAUGAGGCGGGAGCUGUGUGGUUCCCGGGGAGCGUGCAAGGGCUCCGCCGGCCUGGAGGGUCAGAGGCCCUCCCGCGUUCACGGGUGCCAGGACAACGGCUCUCGUGGGCCCAGACACACAGGGCUCCCUCCCCAGGGCUGCAAGGGCCGUUCUCAGUGCAGAAAGCGCCAGAAACCAAGUCUCAUUCAAGUCAGUUUCUACUUUGUGGUUUGAAAUGCUCUGGGUGGAAAAGCACGUACACGGUGACACGCGCUGCGGCCCCGGGUGUUUGAGGGAAUUAACUCACACUCGUCUGGGACAUUGUUACCGCAACCGAAGUUUCUAACCACUGACUCAAGCGACAGUUAAGGCAGAAAUCAAUGAACAAAUCCAUCUUUGAACACUGGGUUAACUUUUUAAAGUAACAACCGUGUGUUGGUUGCAAGUGGAAAUGUUCUUUGUUCAUCUGACUUUUGAGCAUCACUUGUUCCAGAAUAAAUAUUGUAAAAUCAAGUACAUGAAUGUUUCUUUGUAUCCAGAAUUAAAUAAGCAUUAAAAUCUGAUGUUUAAGUCCAUGAUUAGGAGAGAACGCUGUGUAAAUUUAACGUGCAAUGACGAGGCAUUUAUUACUUUAAAAAAAGCAUUUGGAUGGCAAAU